AUGUAUUUUUCCAAAGCAUUAUGGAAGACAGUAUAUAAUACAUGCAUACCCUAUCUAGGGCCUAUUUAUGGAGGGCUGAGGGAAGGAACAUCCAUCUAUAUCCAGGGGACCAUUCCCAAGCACAUCACCAGGUUCUUUAUCAACCUGAUUUGUGGAGAAUCUGAAUCCAGCGACAUUGCCCUACACUUCAACCCUCGAUUUGAUGGCAGGGACAAGGUGGUCUUCAACACCUGUCAGAAUGGAUCCUGGGGGUCAGAGGACAAGAUUCACAAAAUGCCUUUUAGAAAGGGAGAGCAUUUUGAAAUGGUCAUCAUCGUUACUUUGCAGGGCUACCAGAUAAAAGUAAAUGGGAAUGAUUUCCAUACUUUUCAACACCGCAUCCCUAUGGAGCAAGUUCGUGGGCUGCAGAUUGCAGGAGAUGUUUCCAUCCAGGGAGGUUACCCAGGUGGCAUAGGAGGAGGAAUGGGACCAGGAGGAUAUCCAGGAGGUGACGUGGGGGAUGGAUAUCCAGGAGGCAUGGGAGGUGGAAUGGGGGGCACCUUUCCAGGCUCAAAUCUGCCGGGUAUGAGUGGGCAGCCAGUCUACAACCCUCCUGUGCCCUACUCCAACAUCAUCCCAGGAGGGAUGUUCCCUAAGAGGACCAUCGUCAUCAGAGGCAUGAUUCCCUAUGGAGCACACAAAUUAAGCAUCAACUUUUUGGUGAGCAGAUCUCGAGACAUCGCUUUCCACAUCAAUCCCAGAGUCAAGGAAGGAAUUGUUGUAAGAAACAGUAUGAUUGGAGGAAACUGGGGCCAGGAGGAGAGAGAAAUGAGCAUGAAUCCAUUUAUGGAGGGCCAGUACUUUGAUGUAUUAACAUAA